CGUGUAGUUUAGGAGCAAUAAUGGCCGCGUUCAGGUCUACGGGUCUUGAAGCUUAGUUUUUCUACAUUAAUCCUGUUUCUUCUAUCUUAUUUCAGUCAGACUCGCCCGGAAAUUCACGCUUGCAAAAAUUCACGUGCCAGUUUCGGGUUCGCCUUUUUUUUUUUAUCGCUCACGUGCAGUAAAUCAAACGGUAGGACGGCAUAACCUCCCGAUUGAUAGUCGACCUGAUAGCCGCCAGGCGUUGCAUGUGUUACAAUGGCAAUGAACGAGGAUUUCAAUUUCACCGAGCUCUGUAGACUGUGCUCGUUGAAGAGUACGCACCAGAUGCAGAUUUUUGACAAGGAAGGCGAGCAACAACAGCUAUUGUUCAAGUUACGCUCUUGCAUUCCUACUGUGAUAACAAAAGAGGAUGGACUGCCAAAAUAUAUCUGUCAAAGAUGUAUCCAUAAAUUAAAUAUGUUCUACGAAUUUCGUAUGAACUGUAUAAAUACAGAACAGGUGUUAAAGGAUUAUGCUGAUAGUUUAAAGAUCAUUACUGCAGUCAACAAUCAAGGUACAGAUAAGGACAAAAUGUCAAACGGACAGCAGCAGCAACGCUCGUCUUACGUGGAGGCGCACGCGGCACUGCAGCAGCACAUGGCGACUCAGGCGGCUCAGGCGAGGCUAGCCGGACUCGGACCACCCGCAGCCCAACAACCGCCGAAUUCUACGUUUACUCUGCCAGAUGACGGUCUGGGUUACGACGAUGGCGUGAGAGUGUUUCGUUCUAUUGGAACCUAUAUGGGAUCACCAGAUUACACUGCUGCAAUGCGUCCCAGUGGGAUGAUGGCAUUUUCCGGCGCGACGGACCAACAAUUUGGAACUAGAGCGCCGGCAUCUGUUAAUCAACCCUUACGGACGACGACAAUGACGACGACGACGAAUAGCGUGGGCAUUCGUCCCGGAUCUGUUUCGAAGGCGACUAACACGGGCGAACCCACGACAAAAGCGUUCGCCUGCAGCGUGUGCGGGAAGGGACUCGCGCGCAAGGAUAAACUCGUGAUACACAUGCGUAUACACACUGGGGAGAAGCCGUAUUCUUGCGAGGUGUGCGGUAAGGCAUUUGCGCGUCGUGACAAAUUGGUCAUCCACAUGAAUAAACUCAGACAUAGAGUCGGCGUCUCGCCCCUGUCAGCGCCUACCGCACCAAGAUCCGACCAGCAGCAGCAGCAGCAACAGCAACAACAGCAGCAGGCGCAGCAACAACAGCAACCACCAUCUCGCCAAGAUAGCAUCCUGAGCAUUAAAAAGGAGGAGCCCGUGAGUUGGUCUUGCGAGCUGUGCGGACGAGUGCUCGCUACUAGAGAGGAGUGGACACAGCACGCUCGAUCUCACUUGGAAGCAGUUGCGCCACCGCAACACGCCGCCGCGUACUUCCCCGGAUCUGCGCCACCGCCGCAAUCCUACCCGUCCGAGAGAAAUUUCUGCUUGAUGUGCCGUGCCGAUUUCACAGAUAAAGCUGAAUUCUUGUUCCAUAUACGCACGCACUGUGAUGCACACGCGCAACAGAACGCGGCGGGACAGCAGUCAGGCAGUAAGCAAGGCGAUAUCCCGACCGCUGAACUUAUUGCCAGAGGACUUGUCGAUCCCUCUGGAUUAUGCAGCUAGAAUUACUCCUUCCCUUGUCACUGUGUACCGUCGAUUUGUGUCUUACCAUAGUACAAGUUCUCUGCUCCACUUCGAUCAGAAACUAUUGCAUAAAGUAUCAUGCAUAUGUGUAUAUAUACAUACAUACACACA